AUGGACAGCGACAGCAAGAAGAUAUUGCACCUCACCCUAGAAAUCCUCUACCUGUUGACUGGAGAGGAUUACAUUGUGGUGAAGAAGAAUGGGGGUCAUGUCACUCCUCUCAGGAAGAGUCUUCUGGGCUCCAAGCCUCUGCCAGUUAUUUCUGAGACAAGCAGUGAGCAGAAAAUCCUCGAACUGAUUCAGAAAAUCACAGAGCUGCUGACAGGACGGGGAUCUUUUGAUGCCCAAAAUGAAGUGACUUGUCAGCGCCCCCUUCUGUCACAUGGUAGGAUGAGGUUUAUUGUGUCAUUUUUAUAUGUUUGGAGUAGCAGUUAUAUUUUGUCCCUCAUCUACAAGAAAAGGAUCACCACAAUCCCAGAAAUAUUCACAUGGAAUUCUGUAUUGGUGCAGUUAUAG